AUGGCCGUCAAAACAGAAAUAAUAAUAUUUCAUGUUUCGGCAGUGGGCUACUCGGUAGCAGCAGGACAAAAACACGCCUCGUACAGCUCGGACGCAUCAUCUUCCAAGAUCGUUCAUCCAGCUUCGUCCGUAAUCAACUCACCACCAUCUGAUGAAACCUCGAAGCAGGGAACCCAAUCGCUGGUGGAUCUCAACGUUGAAGCUGCUCCUGCUCAUUCUUCACUUUCAACUCCUAACAAUAACAUCAAUAAAAACAACUCUAAUUCCAGUGGCCACGAAGGCUCUUGGAGCACUGUUACUUCAAAAAAAAAGAGAAAAUACACUCCAAUUACUGUAGGUUCCAAACAACCUGGGUCCUUCAAAUUAUCUGCAGCUCCUUUGCCUCCCAAAAAAAUUGUUUUUGGGGUAGGUAAAUUGAAAAGCUGCGUCAAAGAAGAGAUCCUUGAACAUCUGGAAACUAUUGGACUGACCGCUGCAGAAUGCGUACCAGUCUUUAAAUUCUCUCCCACUCGUCCUCAUCCUUCAACCAGUGAUCCAUCAACAAAAUUCCGCAUAACUAUUUUUAAACAUCAGGAAAUGAUUUUUACCAAUCCUGAAAAUUGGCCUAUCGGCGUGGAAAUUCACCCCUGGUUGUUUCAUGCUCGACCACAGCAUUUGAUAAAACCCACUACAACUUCACUACCAAAUCAUUAUCCUGUCGACCUACCAAAUGAGCAAAUCCAAAUUAACUAUGCCAUUCAAGACAGAAAAGGCGGGAAAUGA